AUUUUCCAGAAAACAACAGGCACACGCAGAAUAAUCACCGCCGCCAUUGUAUCUUGUCUUGUCCUCCAAGCCAAUGGCGCAUAAUAACCCAUAAGAAAAAAGGGACAAACCCCUUCACGGGCCUCCAAUUAUUCAUCUGAAAGAUAGAACCCGAAAGCAAAAAAGGGAAUAAUUUGAGAGUUAGGGCUUCGUUUUUUAUUGCACUGAGCUGAAAAAAAACCCCUGUUUGAGAAGGUGUUCGAUUGGAAACUGUUAUUUCACAUAUUGUCCUUUCCUGGGUUUCUUGCAGAGAUGUCCAUGACAUCACCUAUAGUUGUUGGUGCUACCAUUGGAACAGCUGCUUUGGGAGCUCGAUUUUUACUUACAGCAUGGCAGGCAUUUAAGGCUCGGCCUAUAGUUCCCCGUGCUCGUAGAUUUUAUCCCGGGGGAUUCGAACGAGUCAUGACCAGGCGAGAGGCUGCACUGAUUCUUGGAGUGAGGGAACAUACAGUUGAAGAUAAAAUCAGAGAGGCCCAUAGAAGAGUAAUGGUGGCUAAUCACCCUGAUGCUGGCGGCAGCCAUUAUCUUGCUUCGAAGGUCAAUGAGGCGAAGGAUAUUUUGUUGAAGAAAUCCAAGUCACCAGAUUCAGUUUUUUAAACAGACCCGACUUUGAAAAGAAAAGAUUCCCGUUUUAGAAUAGCAAACACAUUGUUAUUCUUUGAAAGCAUAGAUAGUUCGCUAUUUUUCCCUUUUUAUGAAUUGCACACACAUCAUUAUUCUUUGAAGCCUUGAUGGUUGAUCCUAUUCUGUUUGAUGUUGUACUGAGUUUCAUGAUACUGAUGUUUUUGCAGUAUUUUCGUCUUAGUAGCCGUUUAGUCACUUGGAACGAUCUCUAAUGGGAGAUUGAUUUAGUUUUUUUUUCCAAAGCAUGCCAUGAUAUAAGCUGCAAAUGCAGGGUUAUUGAAACUAGUAUUUCUUGUUGGAUUGCAGAUGAUUUUUCAGACAAGUUUGUCAUUCGAUAAGUCUGUAUAGUUACUUGAUUGGUAAAUGGUAAUAUUAUCAGCACAAGCAGUAGUACUCACAGAACUAUUAACUAUGUGCUAAACAAG